AUGGAGGAGAAAUGCGGCGGCGGCGAGGUCCUGCCCGGAGGCGGGCGGCUGGGGCCCGUGGACGUGCCCAGCGCCCGGUAACGGCCUGCGCCGGGGGUGGAGCGGGCAGAGGGGCUCCCACCUGAGGCAGGGCCUGGGGGGCUCGAGGGGGGGCGCCCCCAAACUCACCCCGACAGGCGUGCUGAGGGGGCGCGGAGGGAGACGGCCAAGGGGCGGAGCAUCCCGGGUUGAAUCCCCGGCGCCUCCAGGGAGGGUCAAGAGGUGCCUCAUCCUGGGCAGCCGCUGCCAGUCAGGGCGGACCAUGCUGAGCUAAGAUGGGCCUCUCGGUGUAAGGCAGCUUCCUAUGCUCGGCCUGCUCUGCAGGGAAGGCUGGCCUAGGCUCAGGAGGACCCGGGCAUUGUCUUGAGCUAUGCCCGGCCGUCCAGGCUAAGAUUAGGGAUCAUAGCUGUCAAGGUUUCCCCCAUUUUAAGGGAAAUUCCCUUAUUCCGAAUAGGAUACCUCGCAAGAAAAGGGGAAAGUUGACAGCUAUGUUAGGGAUGCCAGGUUGAAGGAGCACAGGACUUCCUAUACCAGGGGUCAGCAACCUUUUUCAGCCGUGGGCCGGUCCACCGUCCCUCAGACCAGGCCGGACUAUAUUUUGAAGAGAGAGAAAAAUGAACGAAUUCCUAUGCCCCACAAAUAACCCAGAGGUAAAUUUUGAAUAAAAGCACACAUUCUACUCACGUAAAAACACCAGGCAGGCCCCACAAAUAACCCAGAGAUGCAUUUUAAAUAAAAGGACACAUUCUACUCAUGUAAAAACAUGCUGAUUCCCAGACCAUCCGUGGGCCGGAUUGAGAAGGCGAUCGGGCCGCAUUCGGGCCACAGGCCUUAGGUUGCCUACCCCUGCCCUAUACUGUUGAAUAAGUGCUCAAGGGCUCCUAUUGUUAUCAGAAAGAGAACAGUCACUCUGACCCGCUCAAACAAUGAAGAACCUUGUGCUCUCUUUGAAGGCUUGCCAGCUUCUUAGGGCAUAGGCUUUGGUGAGUUGGAGUCCACGCCAUCCGAUGUAGUGCCUAACGGUAAAUUGGGUUCUGGAAGUUUGUGUCCAAAGAAACCUGUUGUGUCACGAGACUUGGUGCUCUUGCUGAAAGAAAUGAACAAAGCUGCCCUUCUUUGGAAUUUAAAACUUAAGAUAGUUAUGUGGAAUCGGGAAACUCCUGAGAUAUGGUUAGAUUUUUCCUCCUGUAUCCAAUAUUUUUACAUGUCAUGCUGCGUCUCCCAGAUUGCCUCUAUGGUAAAGAUAUAGGAGCUAAACACAUGUCUCUUCUUUGCAUCUGGCUGGCCUAUUGACAGGUCCAAACCCAGAAUGUGAUCCUAUAUCUAAACCUUGUGUUUAAUAGGGAAAAUCCCACAUUGGACAGCUGCUGAGAUUUUGUGUCUAGUUUUCCAUUCUGUGUAGCUAGUUCUCCAUUCUGUGCAACUCCCAGGAGCCAUUUAACACAUUGUCAAACUCCUACACAGAAGUAACAUGGUUUCUGCAGGUAGAUUGCAAUAUAUAAUUUUCCUGCUGGUAUGCAUAUCUCACACAGCAGUAUGUGCACAGCAAAAUGCAUGUAGGUAGGAUAGUCAUCUGUGAUGACUUGCAAGCGGGGAUUGUGUACGAGUUUGGUAGCUUGUGAAGCAGCAUGAAAGCUUCACAAUCUCUGGAUCUAGCUUCCCUAUAUAGGUUUCAUCUGUUUAGUUCAGUUGCACAGGUGGCUGUUGGAUAACUAGGCUCACUUGUUUGCUAAGGUUAUCUUUUAGUAGACCAACCAUGUUAAGUAAGCAGUAUUUUGAGUUGCAUAGAAGCAUGCUUCUUCUUGUUCCAUUCACACAUUCCCAGACCCAGAGUUCAAGUUCUAUGGCGCAUGCAAUGACUGGCAGGCUGGUUGCAGUGCCUCCUAUCCCAGAAGUCAUCUUGUUCUUUUAAAUAUUGGAGCACAAAAAUCCAUAGUGAUAAAGUGUUUUGUGCUCCAGGCAUAUAACUGCAUACAUUUUGACACAUCAACACUACAGCAUUUGAUAAACAAUGUUGAGCUGAAAUUAUCUAUUUCAUAGUAUUCCAGUAUAAGGAUGCUUUGAAGAGUAAACAGACACAUCCAGGCCCCAUAGUUUUGUUUUUGUUCAACCUUUUGUUUAGGCACAAUUAAAAAGUUAUCUGCCAGGGGCAAUUAAAUAUUAUGAUCAAGAGUAAGUUGUGUUUAUUGACAUGGUGCUCUAAAUGUUUGCUUUUUAGAAUAAUAUAAAUUGAAUAUAUUUAAAUUUUCAUAUCUAAAUGCUUUCCAAUAUCUCAAAAAACUUUUUUCCCUUUUUCUCUCCCCAGCCUGACUAAAUAUAUUGUGUUACUGUGCUUAACUAAGUUUUUGAAGGCUUUAGGAUUGUUUGAAUCUUAUGACCUCCUGAAAGUAGUUCACCUUGUACAGUUUAUCUUCAUAGUGAAGCUUGGGUAAGUUGACUUUUAGUUACAGCAACUUCUAUUGAGGUUAAUUUUAUAUCUUUAUUAAUUUUAUAACUUGCUUUUUUACUAAUCAUAGAUUUACAGUUGAUAAUGUAUUAUUAUUAUUAUUUAUUGAAUUUAUAUACCGCCCUAUAUCCGGAGGUCUGUAGGUUCAGAUGUGAUGCCUCGUAGUCAGCAAAGCAAAUCCCUCUUGUCCUCAUUUAUUUUCACAGCUAACUAGUUGGUAUUCAUCUGCACCAGUGUUUUCGCUGAACAUAAUUGGUACCAAACCACUGUUUAGAACCAUGGUCAGAAGUAUGUUUGCAAGCUGUUUUGGACCAAACUAGUGGCUAAGAGGGGACGCGGGUGGAGCUGUGGGUUAAACCACAGAGCCUAGGACUUGCCGAUCGGAAGGUCGGCAGUUCGAAUCCCUGCGACGGGGUGAGCUCCCAUUGCUUGGUCCCUGCUCCUGCCAACCUAGCAGUUUGAAAGCACGUCAAAAAGUGCAAGUAGAUAAAUAGGUACCGCUCCGGCAGGAAGGUAAACAGCAUUUCCGUGCGCUGCUCUGGUUCGCCAGAAGCAGCUUAGUCAUGCUGGCCACAUGACCCAGAAGCUGUACGCCGGCUCCCUUGGCCAAUAAAGCAAGAUGAGCGCGUAACCCCAGAGUCGGUCACGACUGGACCUAACGGUCAGGGUUCCCUUUACCUUUAGUGGCUAAGAGCUCAUUUUCUGUUUUGUAGGAUUAAGAUUCCAAAUGUACUGAUACUUAAAAUAAGUAUUUUAAAACACAUAGCCAGUGUUGGUUUGAACACUUGCCUUCUAUAAACUGUAAUUUCACUUGAUUUAAUGGAAAUCCCAAUUUUUCAUAGGUCGGCAUUUUUUAUGAUUUUAUUUCAAAAACCAUUUUCAUCUGGAAAACCUGUCACCAGACAUCAGGUGAGUAUUAUAGAUGUGGUUUAUAUAUGUAGCUUGUUCUUCUAAAAUGUAAACUUUAAGAACUAAAACUACUUUUCUCCUCAUGGGAAACUUCUUGCUGCCUUGGGGCCACGGCUACAUGGAAAUGAAUAAAAGUUGUGCAAGAGCAUUAGUUCUUAUUUUAGUGGAGCUUGCAUAGUAGUUCCUCAAUGGAUUUGUUCCCUAUAGAACUUUUGAAAGUUGCAUCCUAUGGGGGAACUUUGUACUUUUAUCAGCUUAGGUUUAAUCAUAUUGGCCGUUAUCAUUUCUUGGUAUGCACAUGGGAUGGUGGAGUAAUUCUGCUUAUUAAGGUACAUUUUGCCAAUUUGAAGAAAUUUCAGCAGUUCUGCAGUGGGCUCAUGUCCACUACAGUGGAACCUCUGUUGUCGAAGGUAAUUUAUUCCGAAAGACCAUUCAACUUCCGAAAUGUUCGACAACCAGGUGCAAUUGCUGGUCAGCAAAUUCCUUUUAAAAAAUGGAGAAAAGCGCCUCAGAAGCCAUUAGACUUCCAAGGCGCGUGUGAAAACGGAAGCAUUCACUUCUGGAUUGUUGGCGUUCGGGUUCCGAAUUGUUCGGCUUCCAAAGCGUUCAACAACCAAGGUUCCACUGUAUCAUAUUUAAAAGGCUCCCUAUAGCUGUCUGUCCACCUGUCAAAUUUGGCUUGUGACUAUCCUAAUAAAAUGUAGCCCACAGAGCAAAAACGGUUCCCUACCCUUGAUAUAGUACACGGAAUUGUAUUAUUUGAUACUUUAUUUUGUGGGGAGUGGAAAUACUUGUGCUAUGUCAAUAAACUUCCCUGGGGCUGUAUUAAAUCAAUCAAACUGUUCAAGAGAUUUGUCAUUAUGAUUUUUAUCUGGACAAUGCUCUUGGGAAGCUAAGAAAAUAUAGUAUUUGGGGGGGAGUGUCUGAAAAGUAUUUUAAAAGUAAAUAAUUACCAAGAUUGUCAGUUUAAAGUUAAUCUGGAGACUAGUUCCCUGCAUUUCGAAUACUUAAAGUGCCUGUGGUUUGAAUAAUUAUAUGGACAUUAGGUUAUAUGUGGAAAUUUGAAGAUCUAGAUACCAUAGAAGAAAGGGAAUCAAUUUGUCAAAUCUUAUUGCGGUAGCUAAUGGUAGCCUAUCUGCCAUGUUACAGGCUGAAGUUGAUAUUGUCCUCAUGAGUGCUGGGUUGCAUAAAGCCCUACUUCUUUGCUCAGUUAAAGACUCCAAAUAAUAGCUCUCCAAGCAAGUGGCUUUUAGGACAAAUUGACACACAUGUUUGGGUUAAACAAUGUGAGGAUUUUCCCAUAGAAGCCUUAGUUGAGGUUGCUAAAAACUAUGGAUCUGCUCUACUCUGUGUUGAAAGCAUCCCACUCAAUUGGUUGUCAUAGAUUGACUAGGAAUUUCUGAAUCAACUAGAUGGAAGACAGUGCUUGAUUUCCCUGUCAGCUCACUGCAUUGCUAUACUGGAUGUGAAGAGCAGCACUUAACCUCCUUAACCACCUGCAUAGAGGCUAAGCAGCCUGCUUGGGAAGGAAUGAAGCAUUCAGCUGCUCCUCUGACAUCCCACAGUCCAUGUCUGCUAGUUGCACAGGAAAUGAGUUUCCUCUUACAUGCCCAGCAUCGAGGAGAUUGGUGGCAGCUGAAUGGACAGCCUGCUUUCUUUCUUUGCUAGGCAUGCAGCAGGUGAAUAAGCUCAUCCAGCAUAGAAAUAUGGUGUGGUGGUGGCUGGGAAAGAGCUACCAGUCUGCUGAGUUUCUGUGCUGGACAUUCAUGGGAUGAAGCCCUUUCUUGUGCACCCAGCAAAGAAAUCAAGUGGGCUGGCAGAGCAGGUGAGAAGUAGUCAUUUCUAGCCUGCGGAAUAGAGUCAUGGUAAUGAUGCUUAGGUUGUUAAUUUGACCUCAUUUGAAUUGUAUAUCCCAAGUAAAAUCAGCAGUUGAAAUGUUAACUGGUAAUGGUUAUUUCUAAUGAUUGGGAUUAUGUUUUCUCUUACAGUGGAUCAAAAUAGUUAAACAUGCUGUCGUUGGCUGUGUAAUUUCCCUCUUGUGGUUUUUUGGCCUCACCCUAUGUGGACCUUUAAGGUAAAUAUAUUCUGUAGAUAUCUAAAAUGACAACUUGUUUAUUCACAUAAAGAACGGGUACAGAACUGGAUCAGGCUAGCAGUCCAGAUCCUUACCUUUUCUACCCCCUGCAGACCACCCCACCUGUCACCUGACAUUCUGACACCAGGUAACCCAUUUUCACCGCUGUGGAUUGAAAUUAAAUUCUGCAGGCACAAGUCCUGACAAUUGGGCCUCAACAAUCAGCUGGCUGUCGUAGCUUCAAAGCACCUUUUCCCAAAUGUAGAAAUCAUAGAAAUUUCAGAAUAAUUCGGUUUCCAUGGAGACCACAGUGAUGUUCUUGAGACUGGCCUUGUAUGAUGGUGGUUUGUAUGAUGCUUGGCAAGCCUAUAUUCAGAUAUUGUUGUAACCGUUUGGUUAGUAGGAAUCCAGGAAGUCAUUCAGAUGAUUAUAGCAAUAAGAAACCACACAAAGCUCACAUAGCUUCACAGUGACUCUUCCUCUUUUUUGUGAUGACACUUAAAUCAACUAUUUUUAGAUAGGUGUGUAGCAUUACUGAAAUAUUGGUGGCAAUGAUUUCUUGAUAUUCAGAUGUACACCAUAAUUUUUUUUAAAAAAUAAAUUUAAAAAAAUUAUUACUACUAGAUCUGCCACUGAAAAUUAGAAUUGUAGCUAAAUGCAUCUAUUUAAUUGCUUGUUCAGACUAAAUUUUAACCCAAUUCAUGCAUGUUAAAAUUAUUUCUAUUUACUGUUUGUCAUAAAUGAGAUUUGUAUCUCUUGUUUUGCAGAACUUUGUUGCUUUUUGAGCACAGCGAUAUUGUUGUCAUUUCACUGCUCAGCGUACUGUUCACAAGUUCAGGAGGAGGACCAGCAAAGGUUAGCCAUUUAUUUUGUGAAAAUAUCCCACAUGUUUUGGAAUAUAAAAGAAGUGACCAUAGCAUUUGUCUAAAAUUCAUAAGAAUAUCUACCUAACUGUAAUUUUGUAAUUUUAAAAUACUCCUUCAUGGAGUGUUUACAGUCUUGGUGGAAAAACCUUUUAAGACUAUAAUUAAGAUUCAUUAUACCAGGAAUUAUUCUAAUGAAGGUCAAAGAAAUUCAAAGCACAGUAUAUUGUAUUCAGUUUAUCAAGAUAACCUACAUCAAGGCAGAUUUAAUUCCCCCUGUUCCCUGCCUCACCCACCAAUCCAGAGGUAUAUUGAAUUAAAUUUUAUUGAAAGUUCUUGGCAUAUUUCUGUUUUCCUGCUUUCCUAUUGCUAUUUUUUGUUUUUCAGACAAGAGGUGUGGCCUUUUUCAUUAUUGCUGUGAUCUGUCUUUUGCUUUUUGAUAAUGAUGACCUCAUGGCUAAAAUUGCAGAACAUCGUAUCCUUUCUGACCAUGUGUAAGGGAUAAAAUUAUGUUCCAACUACCCAAUUUAAUUUAGACACUGAUUACUGCUAAUGAAAAAAUAUUUUCUGGCAUAGUUUUGUGACUGUACUGCAAAAUAUCAGUUUUCUCUUUUGUGCAGUUUAAAUUCCUGUGUAUUGUUUCUAAUUCUUACGGGAGUAUUUUCAAGAGAAGUGUCUUCUGUGAAAUGUGUACCAUUCAAUUUAGGUCACAUGAAUUCUUAACCUCCUAUGCUUCCCUUCCUAUAGUUAUUAAGCUUUGUUUAAUUUAUUCAAGGAAGCUAUUCACAAAGAUGGGAGUGCUUUUCAUACUUGUCUGCUCAUAUUUGUUUAUGACUGAAAGGUAGGGGUAGGACUCCAUUGCAGAAUUUUCCUGACCUUUACUUUCUUUAGCUGAAGGACACCAUGACAGUGCUCUGACACACUUACUUUACACAAUCAUCGCUUUCUUAGGAGUUGCCGAUCAUAAGGUAAAUGCUGCUCAUAUGAUGAACUGUUGAAAAAGUGCACAAAGUACAUAAUGUUAGGAGCCUUGAAUGGCUUGCUCAUGGCAAUAGUGCAGUUCUUAAAUGUCUUCCGGUUCUGUUGCAUUGCUUUGUUGAUUCGUUUCAGCAGCAGUUUUCAGAUAUGUGCAACAGGUGUGCGUGUUUUAUUUGUCGCUUAAAGGGUCAUUUCAGUAACGGCAUUCUUACUUGAGAACAAUAACCAUUUAAAAAUAAGUAACGAUUAAAAUACACCAUCAAGUUUGCCGUACGAUAACAUAACAUACUGGUGUGAUUUUAGCAGCUGCUAAUGCUCAGCACUUCAUAAGCUGAGUUUAUGCACAGUUUAUUUCAAUCAAAAUUCUGUCCAUUGAUAAAAGGUUGCGGAGUUCCUAGAACCUUAGCAUGCAGAUAUAAAGGCAUCUUGUAAUUUCCAUUCCACUCUUGAAAUACUUACUGGGAUCUAACCAUGGAGUCCAUCUUGCACAUUAUAAUUGGUCAGAAAAAAAUAAAUAGGAAUGAGUUGCUGAAUUUUGUUACUUUUAAACUUUUGCAGAACAUUCUUAGUAACGUAGAGAAAAUGAAACACAUUUAAUAUAGAACAGCAUAGAACACUUAAGGUAGCAUGCAAAUAGGUCCUGUUAUAGACAAUCACACACAUUUUUAAUUUAGCUUGCUCCAGUUUUAGCUAUGUUUGUUUAACAUAAUAGACUAGAAUUUUUAUUUAGGAAAUAUAAGCAUGGAUGCCAUUGGAACAGUAUAAGGAUUAAUUUUAUUAACUAUGUUCCAGUAUUGGAAGCUGCCAGUAAUGUAUGUGCAGUUGAGAGACUAAGAAUCCCCCAUGCAUAGAAUUUCUGUGCACCAAAUAAGGUGGCAGGAAAAAAAGUAGUGUUUUCUGGGCCUAUCACAAAUAAUAUUUAAAAUAGAUUUACAAUGUGUGAUUCUUAAGUAUACUGAUAUUACUCUCCCUUCCUUUGCAGGGUGGAGUAAUUUUGCUAGUGUUAGCAUUAUGCUGUAAAGUUGGUUUUCACACAGCUUCCCGAAAGCUCUCAGUAGAUAUUGGUGGAGCCAAACGUCUUCAAGCACUGUCUCAUCUUGUUUCUGUCCUCCUUUUGAGUCCCUGGGUGAUUGUUUUAUCUCUGACAACAGAGGUAAGUAGCAUAACCACUGACAAAUGGCUUUCUGGCAACUAGAUUUAUAACCACAACUACUGUGAAUGCAAACUUGUUUUUGCCACCAGUAUUGAAUGUUUGCAUCUUUUUAUUGCAGAGUAAAGUAGAAUCCUGGUCUUCUCUCAUCAUGCCCUUCAUCACAGUUAUCUUUUUUGUCGUGGUUUUGGACUUCUACGUAGAAUCUGUGUGUUCCAUCAAGAUAGAAGUCUCAAAGUGUGCUCGUUACGGAUCCUUUCUCAUUUUCAUUAGUGCUCUACUUCUUGGCAACUUUUGGACACAUCCAAUAACAGACCAGCUUCGAGCUAUCAACAGACCAACACAUCAGGAAACCACAGAGCAUGUUAUUUCUGGAGGAGUGGUAGUCAGUACCAUUUUCUUCAUUUUGUGUACGUAUUAGUAACUUCAGAAGAAUGGUGACAUGUGCUUAGGACUGUUUCUUAUUUGGAUAGAAAGAAAUUCAGCAUGCCUUGUUAUCACAGAAUGUGUGGUCUUAGCUUUCAUUUGCAUUAUGAUCUUAAGGGGCAACUUAUUUGAUCCUUCACAAUUGUAGUGAUACAAUGGGAAAUUGUUCCUCUGUUUCUUCUAUAUAGUUUGUAUGUAGACAGUUCUAAACUGAUCAUUGGCUUUUGCACUUGUACAAGUGUUUUAAAAUAGGACUAGGUUUGUGGGUUAUCACUUCUCUCUUACUUAACUGCUUGUGGAAACAUUGGUCAGCUUCUAAAAGGUACAGCCUUUCCAUGAAAGCUUAAGGUAAUAACCCCUGCCUUUACUUCUAGAGUUAGCUUUUUCUCUGUGUUCCCUGAGCCACCCCCUUUGGAAAUUUCAGCUUUGGUUAAUAUGACCAUAGGAUUGAGGCUGCAUCAAACCCAGAUUAGGGGUCAAUUCAUUUGGCCUUCACACCUGAGACUUUUCUCCCCCAACAAACAGGAUGAAUGAGCAAUAGUUUUGCAAAAAUCUCUGCAUUAAACAUGCAAAGUAUCAUGGACCUUGAAUUCUCUUGCCACAUUCUGAGUGAUUAGCAGGUGCACAAAUGUUCCAGUUCUUGUUUGUAGCUAAAAUGCUUAUGGGUUAUAUACAGUGAAGUUAUACUCAGGGGUAAGUCUCAUUGAAAUCAAUGAACCGAAGUUAGCCAUAUUCAUUCCAAUGGGUCUUCCUUGAGUUGGACUAACAUUGGGUACAACCCUGUGUUACAGGACUGUUACAAAACGUAAACAACAUAUGCUUUCUCUUCAGCUGCCAAUAUUCUCUCCUCCCCAACACGAAAAGGACAGAAAGGCACUCUUAUAGGUUAUUCUCCUGAGGGAAUACCAUUGUACAAUUUUAUGGGGGAUGCCUUGCAACACAGCUCUCAGUCCUUACCUCGAUUUAUUAAAGAAUCGCUGAAACAAAUUCUUGAGGAGUCUGACUCAAGGCAGAUCUUCUAUUUUCUGUGCCUAAAUCUGGUAAGUUGGUUGUUUUUUUAAUCCCUUUGAGGAAAUUAUUUCUGGUUUUGGUGAAGUGGGGGUAAACUUAGGUUUUAAGACCAGAUAUGCAAUGGAAGGUGGUGGUCUCUCCAUCAUUGGAAGUUUUUAAGCAGAGAUUGUGUGGCCAACUGGCAUGGAUGCUUUAGUUGAUAUUCCUUCAUUUCAAGGGGGAGUGGGGAAGUGUCUGAUUUCUGCAUGCUUCCCUCUGCAAAUGACUGGCAUCUUGACCCUGCCCUGGCUGUUCUCCAAGCCACUACUUUGUCACUAGCCCUGUUAAGGCAUCUUUGUUCCCUUCGUAAACUUUUAAUUUGUUGCAUACACUAUUACUUUCAGUAACGAAAGAAACUUCAAUAGAUCAUUAACUGGAACAGUAGCUCAGUUGGUUAGACCAUCAUGCUGAUAACCGCAAGGUCGAAGGUUUGAAACCCCACCACCACCACCACCACCAAGGUUGGGACAACUGCAUAUUCCUGCAUUGCAGGGGGCUGGACUAAACUACCGUAUUUUUCGCCCUAUAGGACGCACUUUUCCCCCUCCAAAAAUGAAGGGGAAAUGUGUGUGCGUCCUAUGGGGCGAAUGCAGGCUUUUGCUGAAGCCUGGAGAGCGAGAGGGGUCAGUGCACACCGACCCCUCUCGCUCUCCAGGCUUCAGGAAGCUCUGCGCAACCCUCGGGAGACUGGCGCGACUUCACGCCGGUCUCCCGAAGGCUGUGCAGAGCUGCCUGCAGUCCCGGGCUUCGCGCAGCUCUGCGCAACCCUAGGGAGCCUGGCUCGAAGUUGCACCGGUCUCCCAAGGGUUGCGCAGAGCUGCCUGCAUUCUGAAGCCUGGGGCGCGCUGAAGAGCGUGCCCGGGCUUCGCGCAGCUCUCCGCAAGCCUGGGGAGACCGGCGUGACUUCCCGCCGGGCUCCCUAGGUUUGUGGAUAGCAGACUGUUCUCGGGGCUGGGGUCGGGGGAAGCUCGGGAAAUAAAACAUUUUUCUUUAUUCCCCCCCCCCCCAAAAAAACUAGCUGUGUCCUAUGGGGCGAAAAAUACGGUAGAUGAUCCUCACUGCAGUUCUGUGAUUUUACUAUUUUCAAAGUUCAUUUCUAAGUUAUUCCAAAAUGUUGAUAACAUUCUUUCAUAAAAGGUAAAAGAAAAUAAAGCAUUUUUCCAUGUCCUCGUUUUAACAGAAGCAGACAUUUUAAGACUGCAAUUUUCAUAUUGUUACACUGAGUAGUGUAUGGAAGUUUUGAUUUCCUCAUUAUAUGUGAGCCCCUCUCCUCAGACUGGAGUUGCAAAAAGGGGCGUUUCAAAAUAUGUCAGGCACAUGCUUCAAUGAGUAGUUUUAUGUAUCAUUUUCACAAUGAAAUCUCUGUUACUCACUUUUGUUCUAGGCUUUUACUUUUGUGGAAUUAUUUUAUGGUGUGUGGACCAACAGCCUAGGUUUAAUCUCAGAUGGAUUUCACAUGCUUUUUGACUGUUCAGCUUUAGUUAUGGGUCUGUUUGCAGCACUGAUGACUAGAUGGAAAGCAACUCGCAUAUUCUCCUAUGGGUAUGUAUGUUGAACUAAUUAUAAAGACCUAUUAAUACUAGCUGAAAUAACACGAGAUGUAGAAGGACUGUAGCUCAUUGACAGAGCAAGUGCUUUUUAUGUAAAAGGUCCCAGGUUCAGUCAGUGACUUGCCCAGGUAGGGUUGGGAAAGGUGGUUGUUUGAAACCCUAGAAAAAUGUUGCAGGCCAGUGUAGACAAUUCUGAGCUAGGUGGCUCAAUGGAUUGGCUUCGUAUAAGGUAGCAUCCAAUAUUAAUGAAGGUUUGUGGGGGAUUAUGUUGUGAAAACUACCCCAGCCACAUAUUAGAGUCUAAUCAAACACUUCUCACAACAAGGCAAUUAUUUGGCUACUGUGGAAUUGAUUUUGUAUACAUUUGUAUUUAUUUAUUUUCCAUUCCAAAGUUUUGAGGGGGAAAUGUCAAAUGGAAAAACAUAAAAACCUUCCCAUUUAGCCAUCCCUUUUAUCCCAGAAAAUCAGAACUGCUUAGUAUUACUUCCUGAAGAUUCUUGUCUCUCUUUCUCAUACAUAUCUUUCUGAGAAACAUAGCAGCCUGACAAAAAAAUGUCACUUUCAUGUUACACAUUAGCAAUUUGUGUAAUAGAGUAAGCCUGGAAGUCAAGCAAAGUCAUAUACAUCAGGCUAAUUGACUUCAUUGGUUGAAUAAUCAUGGGUUUUCUGGCAAAAUAGUUCAGGGUUUAGCAUAAUUCAAUUAUUAGACUACUUUGGAAUUGCUUUUAUAUGUCUUUUAUUCUUUUUUUACAUUCCAAAUGAUUUUUUAUUCCUCACUUUCUUAAUUCCAGGUUUGGCCGUGUAGAAAUUCUCUCUGGGUUUAUUAAUGGCCUUUUUCUCAUGGUAAUAGCUUUCUUUGUCUUCAUCGAGUCUGUGGCCAGGCUAGUUGAUCCUCCAGACAUUGAUACCAAUAUGCUGACUGUGAGUUUAUAACCUUAUUUUCUGUUAAUACUUGAUUUAUUGCUCUUAAAAAUUCUGAUCUGUAUGGUAGAAACAAAAAAAGUUUUAAUCCCUCAAACAUUGCUCUGGUGCACCAGCUCUGUUCAUUUCACAGUUGUUUCCAUAAGAUUGCAAUGCAUAUGAGAGGCAAUAAAUAAUACUUGGCUGGAAAUUCUUACCCUUAACAGUCAUAACGCUUUUCCUCCAGGGCAAAGGCUAUAGCCACUGUUUAGGAAGAUGCUCUCAUCUUCACUUUUCCUGCUAAAGUACAAAUAGGUCCUUGUUUUCUGAAAAAGGUCUUAAUAUUGUACAUGCUUGCAACUGUUCAGUUACAUGGAGCCAGCACAGAUGUAAUGCUUCUGAACUGGGCCACAUAAUUCCACCCUCUUAUUCCUAUUUAUUUAUCUCUCCUCUCCUCCCCCCUCCCCCCCAGCUUCCCAUCUCUCCCCCUAAGCCAGGGUAGAGAACCUGUGGUCCUCCAGAUGUUGUUGUACUGUAACUCCCAUCACCCCUGACCAUUGGCAAUGCUGGCUGGAGCUGAUGGGAAUUUGAAUCCAGCAUCUGGAAGGCCACCCCUGCUUUAUACUGUAUGUGUUUGUCGUCGUCCCCGCUUGGCACAGUUAAAAGGAGUAAGCAGUUUAAAGAUUCUCUGUCUCUCCCUCAUGCAGCCUGUCUCUGUUGGAGGAUUGAUAGUAAACCUUGUUGGUAUCUGUGCCUUUAGCCACGCCCACUCCCAUGGGCCUUCUCGGGGAGGAUGCCAUGCACACGACCACAGCCAUUCCCACCAUGGACACGGCCAUAGCCACAGCCAUUCCCAUAGUGACCAUGGGCACAGUCAUAAUCACGGACACUCGCAUGGGGCACUGGGAGGUGGCAUGAAUGCCAACAUGAGAGGUAAGUGGGGGGCAGUAAGGUGGUUGGGUUUUGGGGUUUUUUGCAAAUUUAUGGGGGAGAGGGACAGUACUAAAAGGGAAGUUGUAAUAAGGUUGUUUGGUUUUUAAAGAUUUCAUAAUAGAAUGGUCAGUUUAAAGGGUCCAAUACGAUGAUAGGAGUACGUUGGCAUAUCAAGCCACGUUGUGCUUUUCCAAUGCAUGCUCACUGUUAAUGUCUGUUUAACUGCCAAAUUAUGUAUUAAUGAUCUGGGAAAUUUUUGUUUGUUUGUUUCAGGAGUAUUUCUGCAUGUCUUGGCAGACACCCUUGGCAGCGUUGGCGUGAUCAUAUCAACAAUACUCAUUCAGCAGUUUGGCUGGUUGAUAGCCGAUCCCCUUUGCUCCCUCUUUAUUGCUACUUUGAUUUUUCUCAGUGUGAUCCCACUGAUAAAAGAUGCCUGUCAGGUACUCUUGUUGAGGCUGCCACUAGAGCAUGAGAAAGAUCUGCACAUGGCUUUGGAAAAGGUUAGAAUUUACUGCCCCUUGGGGGGUUUUUCUUCACAUUUGCUCCUGUGUCAUGAAAUUUAGAAUUUCUGCAGGACGUUUUAAGUACUCCUCAUUGUCAGCCACAUAACAUCCUUUUGGAAAGGGCCUUGUUUUUAGGUUUGUUCACUUUCAAUCAGCAACCUUUGCAAAACUACAGAGUUCAGAUUACUUCCCCCCGCCCAAAAAACAGUACAGUUUAUUCUACCACUUAUGUCAGAAGCUGCUACUCAGACUAAGAAUCUCUCUCUCUCUCUCUCUCUCUAUAUAUAUAUAUAUAAUAUUUUUAUUAAUUUUCACAAAGACAAAAUCAUUGCAUUAAAGAAAAAACAAAACAUAUUUAAAACAACUAUGUAAACAAUCAAUUUUAAAUCCACAUUCUGGGAUUACUUGGAUCCCCCAAUUUCCCUCCCCUCCUUCCCCUGGUUCCUUUGUAUUAUUUUCAUAUAUGCAUGUCUAUAAAAUCUUUAUCUCUAAUUACCUCCAAGUUUACACAUUGUAUAUAACAUUACAAGUGUUUUUUAAAAUCCUGCUAAUGUAUUAACUUGCAGACUAAGAAUCUUCUAAGGCGUUCAGAUGCACUGAGGAGAAUAGUGUGCAAUUUAAAGUGUCUAGAAUUUAAAGCAUUACACUAUCUUUGAAAUAAGGCUUGCCUUCACAAAUAUGUGCUAAUACUUUAAUACAAUGAUUCUUUUAUUAUAUAACUGUGAUUUAGUGAAAACCAGGUACCGAGAGAGCGGUAACAUCAAACAGUCAAAAAAAUACUAUUACAAGUUCUGCAUAUGUAUAGAAAUGUUUUUUGGGUUUUUUUACAGAUCCAGAAAAUUGAUGGUGUCAUAUCCUAUAGGGAUCCUCAUUUUUGGUGUCAUUCUGCUAAUGUUGUGGCAGGCACUAUACAUGUGCAAGUAAUGUCAGAAGUGAUGGAGCAGAGAAUUAUACAGCAGGUAACUUCGUGUGUUCGCACUUCGCCUACCAAGGCCCACAGAACUAGUUCAUUCUUCUAGAUUUCUCCACACAGUUGUGUAUGUGGGCACUCGGCAGCGUAAACUAGAUGGUAUAUUAUAAGCUGACAGCCACCUCUGUAAUAGCGACUGCUGGAUAUUGCUCAUGGUGCUCUGUAGAUUUUUCUGCUCUUACACUUUCUGUGAGAUUCCAUAUUCAGCUGGGCAGGUGUUUUGGCAAACUGGGGCCUCAUUUCUUCACCAUCUCUGCAGCAUGUUCCAGCAGUGAAGGUGUGAAAUGGUGCUUUUCCACCCGCUUCUGGUUGUUUAUUAAUUUAAACAGUUUAUACACCUCUUAAAGCAACAGUUUCUGCAUUGUUUGCAGUAAGGUUACAGAGAUAAAAUAAGAUGUCAAAGAGAUAAACAACUACCUGACAUUUAGAAGACAUCUGAAGGCAGCCCUGUUCAGGGAAGUUUUUAAUGUGUGACAUUUUAAUGUAUUUUUAAUCUUUGUUGGAAGCCGCCCAGAGUGGCUGGGGAAACCCAGCCAGAUGGGUGGGGUAGAAAUAAAAAUUAUUAUCAUCAUCAUUAUUAUUAUUAUUAUGCUUGCUGAAUUUUAUUUUUUUUAAAAAAGCAUAUUCACCAAGUGCCUGAACAUCCAACAAGGUGGAGCAGGGUGCUCUCUGACCUCAGCUGGGAGUUCUGCACAAUACUGAAUGCAUGGCUCCUGGUGGAUGCAUUCCAUGUGUCUAAGCAAUGGGGGACCGUUAACAGUGACUGCCCUGAGGACCUCAGUGACUGGGCUGGUGUGCCAACUACAGCCAUUUUUGGACAUGGGUCACUUGGCCAUGGAGAUUCUUGCAUUCAUGACUCCAAGACACAGAGCGAUAUGCUCUGUGUGUCUGGAAGCCCAGCUACUGCAAAAUGCAGCAGCUAACUAUUGGUGGAAAAAUCUUACUGCGUCCUUGUCUUUACCAGGGUGUAUUAGUCUCUGGGGCUGACACCUUUUUAGAAGCAUCGCAACACAUGUAUAUUUUGAAUGGCCUGGGAUUUCAAUAAAUGGUGGGGAAAUUUAAAACAAACUUCAGUUUUUGUUCUGUAUUCUUCAGAAGAAGUUGCAGUAAGAGCACACCGAGCCUCCAAGACAAACAAACUAUAAAUAGAGCCAUGUCUGGGGUGGAAUAGUGUGUUCUAGUCCUCAUCCCUGCGUCUUCUAUGCUUAUCAUUGCAUAACUGCAAAAGAUACUUUCCAUCAUAGUUUGUAGACCUGGUCCUGCACCAUGCUCUCUCCAGUAUCCAUUUUUUCUCUUUUGUUGUGCUUGGAAAGAAUAGAUUCUAGGUAGUCAUUUGAGCUCAAUAGGACUCGCAUGCAAUCUUAUUGGUUCAUGCAAUUCUUUGUGGAGGGGAGGAUGUAAAUCUCAAAUGCAAAGUGAUACCACUUCUCCUUUGUGCAGCAAGAUUGUGUUUCUUAGAGCUCCAAAUAAACAUUUCCUGAAGAUGUGAUGGUCGUAUUUUUAUUCUGUUCAGGUUUCAGCAAUUCUUAAGGAUGCUGGAGUUAAUAAUUUAACUGUCCAAGUGGAAAAAGAAGCCUAUUUUCAGCAUAUGUCUGGCCUCAGUACAGGAUUUCAAGAUGUCCUUGCGAUGACAAAACAAAUGGAAUCCAUGAAAUACUACAAAGAUGGCACUUACAUCAUGUAA